AUGUGGAGCACUGUGCCCAGUCUGGAUCCCCUGUCUGAGAGAAAUGGUGCCAGGCUGCAGCUCAGUGGCAGCGACCAGAUUGAGGAGAGUGUGGAGCAUGUGGCAUGUGUCAGGGAUAACUCGCAGAGCCUGAUAGCGAGAGAGCAGAACAAGGCAGGACCUUCCUGCAGCCUUCCGCUGCUCCCCAGUGGCGGCUUGGGGAGACACCGCAAGCAGAUCCUGAUGGAUCUCACAGCCCUCAAGGUCGAGGACCGUCGGCGGGCAGCCGGGGGGCUGCGCGCAGCCCCGUGUUUUCGGGGGGUGCCCCCGCGCUCAAGGCUGCCGCUGCCUUCCCACGCCCGGCGCAGGUGCCACGGGCCCGGUUCUCACGGCCGGCUCUCACAACAACCCCCGCCGGGCGGGAGGACACGGGGCAGCGGGGGGGAGAACCUGGAGAAGCCAGGGGCGGGCCUGGGUCUCCGCGGUGCCCAAUGGCCGCCCGCGCCCGGCCAUAAAGGCGGCGGCCGCGGCUCCGCGCUCCCUGUGCCGGCCGGACCCCCGGAGCCGCCCCUCUCUGUCGCCGCCGCCGCCGCCAUGGGCCGCCCCCCCCCGCCGCUCCGCCUGCUCCUCGCCCUCCUCAGCAUCCUCCUGCCGCCGCUGCUGCCGCUGGCCGGGAGCGCCGCCGGCGUCGGGACCCGCCGCGCCCCGGCCGCUGGCCCCACGUGUGCUGCCUCACGCCAGGCCACCUGCGCCGCCGGCUGCAUCCCCGUUCCCUGGCUCUGCGAUGGUGAGCAGCAGUGUCCUGACGGGACGGACGAACAGUGCGAGGUUGCCUGUGGCGGGGACCCCCAUGUUUGGCAGUGUGACGAUGGCCGGUGUGUUUCUAGCAGCUGGCGUUGCGAUGGUGUUGCUGACUGCUUGGAUGGCUCUGAUGAGCAGGACUGUGUGUGCGGGACAAAGAAGGUGCAGUGUCCUGGCACCCACCACUGUAUCCCACACUGGGAGCUGUGCGAUCAGCACCAGGACUGCGAGGAUGGCUGGGAUGAGGAGGGGUGUCCUCAGCAGCCCUGCCUGCCUGGGCAGUGGCAGUGCAGGAACAGGGUGUGCAUCAUGGCUGAGUGGAAGUGCAACGGGAUUGAUGACUGUGGCGAUUCCUCGGAUGAAGAUGUGUGCGCCACCUGCCCACCUGGCAUGGUGCGGUGUGAUGAGGGGAAGUGUAUCCUGGAGUCCCUGAUGUGCAAUCAAGAGGCUGACUGCCUGGAUGGCACUGAUGAGCCCAGCACGUGUGAUCAGAGCUGCUUUGUACGCAACGGGGGCUGUGCAGAGACAUGUGCUGACACACACUGGGGAGUGCAGUGCUCCUGCGGGGCUGGCUGGGUGCUGCAGGCAGAUGGGCAGAGCUGUGCUGAUGUGGAUGAAUGCUCCCUGGAGUACAGCCCCUGCAGCCAGCUGUGCAGCAACACCCCAGGCACUUACAGCUGUGCCUGCCUCCAGGGCUAUACCCUGCGGCAUGGCACCGCCUGUGAAGUGACAGACAAUGCAACACAGAUCCUGGUGGCCGUGGGGCAGGACCUGGCCCUUCUGGAUGUACGAACCCAAGCCUACCGGCCUCGGCUCUCCACUGAGACUGAACCCCGUGCCCUGGUGUACGACCAGCUCCGAGAAACCUACUACUGGCUGACAGAGGAUGGCGAGCUCCGUGUUCACCUCAUGGGGAAAGGCACGGAGCCCCUCUAUACAGAUGCCGGAGAGGUGAACAGCAUCUCCCUGGACUGGUUCACAGGGCAGCUGUACUGGGCCAGCAGCCAUCCUCCAGCUAUCCGUGCAGGGCUGGGCGAUGGCCGGGGUUAUGUGACAGUGCUGGGUAAAGACAUUGCACCAGAGCAGCUGACAGUGCAUCCGGCUGCAAGGUCGCUGUACUGGGUCAACCGUGGGCAGCGAGGCCGGACAGUCAUUGCUGCGGCUGGCAUGGAUGGCUCAAACCGGCGGGAGCUCACAGUGGUGCCCAUGGAGGAGCCUGUGGGGCUAAGCUUGGACCAUGUGGCUGGCAGACUGUACUGGAUCAGCGAGUACAAGGAGUCCAUCGAGACACUGCGGGUGGAUGGCAGCGGGCGCCACUCCUUUCCCACUGUUCUGCGGAGCCACACGGAGCCUCUGGGCCUGGCUGUGUUUGAGAGCCGGUUCUUCUGGACCGAUGGCACAGAGCUGGUGUCAGCCACCUGGGCCUCUCCCCAGGAGCAUGCUGUGUUGCUCCGCGCCCCUGUCUCAGCUUUCACUGUGGUGCACGCACUGCAGCAGCCUCCCCAGCUGUCCAUCAUGUAUGCAUCAGGAAAAGCCAUCUCCCUGGUGCAUGUGGGUCCUGGAGCACACAGCAAAUGGGUACAGGAGUGGCAGGAGCCCUUCCACCUGCAAGAUGUGGACUGGCAGAGGUCAGUGCUUUAUGGAACAGAUGACCGUGGGACGCUGCUGAGUGUUGUGGGGCACCCUGGCAGGAGAGAGGCCAUUGCAACUGGGAGGCCAGUCUGCUCUGCCCGUGUGGACAUCCGCUCGGGGGACCUGUACUGGCUCGCAUGUAACCAGAGGGACAUCGGGGUGAUCCGGACAUCUGACACGUUCCCGCGCAUCCUGCACCGUGCUCGCAGCAGUAUCCAGCACCUCUUCUUGGACUGGCAGCGGGGUGCUCUAUACUGGCUAGCCCGUGGGCAGCCCCUGCAGCAGCUGAGCCUGGCUGGGGGUGCUCCGUGGGAUGCCUGGAACGAGACGUGGCCUGGAGACCUGCCUGCAGCCAUGGAUAGCAGAGCCUUCAGCGUGCUCUGGAGCUCCAGCCUGGGCCUGCGGGUGCUGAGUCUGACCAAGCGGCAAGCAGUCACCCUGGCACCCAGCUGGCCCCAUGGCCUUGUGGCCGCCUUUGAGCCAUACCUGGUGUCGGCAAAUGGGACGGCUCUGCUACUAUGGGACCGGAGAACACUGACCCUUGUGCUGUCCAUGCCGGCAGCAGGCGUGCAGGGUGUAGUGGCCUUCGUGGACUCGGAGCUGCAGGCCGUGCCACCAAGCAAGGGGUCUGCCCUGCCACUCCCUCCACCUGUGACCACCACUAUGAGGACAACCACAAGCACCGCUGCUGCUCGUCCCACCACAUCCACCACAAGAUCUACACCAAGCAAAACCACCACUGUGCUCACCACUACUCCUGCACCAACCAGCAAGGCCACCACCAGCAGCCAGUCCACACCAACCACCACCAGCCAGUCCACAUCAAUGAAAACCACCCCUCUGCCAACCACUGCCACACCAACCAAGACCACCACCGUGCAGCCAACAACCACCAGCACCACCACCACCACUCGAGCUUUGCCAACUAAAGGCAUUGUCCCACGGCCAACUACUACCACAGAGCACCCAACCAGUCCUGCACGGGUAGUGCCACCUACCCCACCACUCCCAUCCAGCCCUGCUCACCCCCUGACCCCAGUCCUUCAUCUGUCCUGUCCUCGCACACACGUGUCCUGCCGUGAUGGCACUGAGUGUGUGGCUCAGGAGUACCUUUGUGAUGGGGAGAAAGACUGUGCAGAUGGCUCUGAUGAGGAUGGGUGUGCCCAGCUCUGCAACACCCCAGGGGCCUUCCACUGUGCAAGCGGAGCCAUGUGCGUCGGGGCGGGAGAGCGCUGCGAUGGGGUGCCCCAGUGCCCUGAUGCCUCGGAUGAGACAGGCUGCUGGACCCCCACGCAGGAGUGUGCCCUGCGCUGUGACGCCGCCACCCGCUGCAUCCCCAAGAGCUGGCUGUGUGAUGGCCAUGCUGACUGCCUGGAUCACACUGAUGAGCAGGGCUGUGUGCCGAAGGAGUGUGGCCCGGCUGAGUUCCCCUGCCGGAAUGGGCAGUGCGUGGCCCUGGCCCUGCACUGCGAUGGUGACCACGACUGCCAGGAUGGCUCAGACGAGGAGGGCUGUGCCGUGCCCCGGCCACUGCUCUGCCGUGCGGGUGAGGUGACGUGUUCCCACAGUGGGGAGUGUGUGCCGGAGGCCUGGCGCUGCGAUGGCACUGCCGACUGUGGGGAUGGCACAGACGAGCAGGACUGUCCUUGGGAGGAAGGGCUGUGUGGGGACCAGCAGUGGGGCUGCUCCCAUGGCCGUGAGUGCAUCCCUGAUGUCUGGCACUGUGAUGGAGAGACUGACUGCACAGAUGGCAGCGAUGAAGCUGGCUGCCAGCCUGCUCCCUGCCAGAGUCAUGAGUACCCCUGUGGGCUGGGGGCCUGCCUGAAUGCAUCCUUGGUGUGUGACGGCCAGCAGGACUGCGCGGAUGGCUCAGACGAGGGGGGGAACUGCUCUGUGCCCUGCAAACAGUCCUGCGCUCAUCUCUGCUACCCCUCGCCCCAGGGCCCUCGGUGCUGGUGUGGCCCAGGCUAUCGGCUUGCCAAGGAUAGUCUGUUCUGCAUGGACAUAGAUGAGUGCACGGAGUGGGGCGAGGGAGCCUGCAGCCAAACAUGCCUCAAUGCCCCAGGGUCCUACAGCUGCGGCUGUCUCCCUGGCUACCUGCUGGAGCCCGAUGGCCAUGUCUGCAAACUCACUGGACCAGAGCCUGUGUUGCUGGUGGCUGUGCAGUCAGAGGUGUUGUCCUAUGGCCUGCGGAGUGGGCGUAAGGAGGUGCUGCUGGCCACUGACAAGGAUCGCGUCGUCUUCUCUCUUGACUAUGACUUGGUGGAGAGGAAAGUCUUCUGGAUGGACCUGGCCACAGAGAGCAUCCGCUGGCAGGACCUCAACUCGGGCAAGAAAGGCACACUGGUGAAAGGUGUGAGAUCAGACUGUAUAGCAGUGGACUGGCUUGGAAGGAACCUGUACUGGACAGAUGGUGCAGCAGGACAGGUGCUGGCCACUCGCUUGGGCGCUGCCUGGCAAGGGAUACCAGAGUACACUGUGGUGAUGGAUGGAGACCUGGACCAGCCCCAUUCUCUGGUACUCCAGCCUCUGGCAGGGCUGCUGUACUGGUCAGAGGUGGGGAGCCACCCACGGCUGAUGGAGUCCACGAUGGAUGGGAGUCGGCGGCACGUGCUGCUGGCCCAGGGGCUGGGCUGGCCCACAGCACUAGCCCUCGAUCUCCCCACCCAGAGGAUCUUCUGGCUGGAUGAGAAGCUGGGCAGUGUCAGUUCUGCACGUCUGGAUGGCACCAGUGUGAAGGUCCUGAAGCUGAGCUGGGUCAGGAGCCCCUUCGCGGCAGCCGUGUGCGAGGGCCAGAUCUACUGGUCGGAGAGGAAGACGUGGUCUGUGCAGCAGGUGGACAAGGCCAGUGGCAAGAACAGAACCACACUGCUCAAGCAGCACGGGCAGCCCCAUGGCCUCCAGGUGAUGCACCCAGCCCUGCGCCCCACAGCCCCUAACCCCUGUGAGACACGUGGCUGCUCCCACCUGUGCCUGCUGAGUGCCAGGCACACUGGGCAGUGCCGGUGCCCUGCCAGGCUGGUGCUGGCUGCCGAUGAGACCACCUGCCUGCCCCUCCGUGAUUCAGCCUUUGCUCUCCUGGUGUCACCAGCAGCUGUGGCACAGGUCUACCUGAAGGACCUGCCCGCAACAUCUGGAUCCCAAGAUCUUCCCCUGCACCGGGCCCUGCCCUUGGCCAAGGUGGGCCACCUGACAGCCAUCGACUAUGCAGUGAAAGACAAGAGUUUGUACUUUGCAGAGGUGGGAGGCAACUCCAUCGGACUGCUGCGCCUGAAGGACUGGAGACGGCUGUCCUGGAAGAAGGCAGUGGCUGUGGAGGGCACAGUGACAUCCCUGGCCUUGGACUGGCUGAGUGGGAACCUGUACUGGAUCAGGGGGCAGCCGCCCAGCAUCCAUGUGGCAGCUCCUGGGGGGCGGUGGGCCCUGGCACUACUCAGUGAGGGGCUGCAGGGCGCUGCCUGGCUGGCACUGUGCCCUCGUGCCUCCACCAUGUGCUUUGUCACAGCAGCUGGCAGCCAUGGGCCCGGUGCCACAGUGGAGUGUGCAGCCAUGGAUGGCACUGGCCGCAGACCAGUUUGGAGGAGAGCCCGGGCUCCCACUGGCCUCACCUUUGGGGCUGCUGGCACCAGGUUGUACUGGGCAGACCACGAGAGAGGUACCAUCAGCAGCGUUGAGCUGGAUGGAUCCCACUUUCGGGUGGUGCGGGAAGGGCUGCAUGGUCUCUCACUGUUUGCCAUAGGAGAAGGCUUUCUGCUCUGGAGCACGACCUCAACCAACGGAUCCAGCAAGAUCUGGCACAGCCGGCUGGAGCGGGCCGAGAGGUGGUGGUUCCCAAUGGAGAAGGAUUUGGUAGCCAUGAGGAUUUACAGCCAGUUCUCACAGGAAGGUGGGUCUGCAACUGUCCCAGCCCGGGGCAUCUGUGGGGUUGAGCCGUGCUCAGUGGUGUCCAUGCUAACUCAUGCUGUUUUGGCAGGCACCAAUGCCUGUGCAAAGAGCAACGGGGGCUGUGCCCAGCUCUGCCUGCCCAACCCUGCAGGGCGGCAGUGCCGCUGCUCUCGUGGUUACCACCUCGUGCGUGGAGCAGCAUGUGCACCAGCACUGUCCUGCCCUGCCGCGCUCCAGCCCUGCCCUGACCUCCAGAGCUGCAUCUCUGGAGAACAGGUCUGUGACGGGCGCUCUGACUGCGCUGACGGCUCCGAUGAGUCUGACUGCCACUCCGGGCAGGUGGGGACGCAAGUCCCCGCAGUGUCACCAUCAGGAAUGUCCCACGUGGAAGAACAGAAACCAGCCCCACCCUCAACUGCACUGCAGCCUCGGCAGUCCAGCCCCAGCCCACCAGCAGCCCCUGGCCCCCGGGAGCACGGAGAGCCCUUCCUGGUACCUCCCAGCACGGAGGAGGUGCUGAGGGCUGUGCCGUGCAGCAGCGAGACGUGCAACCUGCGCGGGGACUGUGCCAUCGAGGCCGGGCGAGUGACGUGCCACUGUGCCCUGGGCUAUCGUGGCGACUACUGCCAGGAAGCAGAGGUGCAGCCCCUUGCAGGACCCAUCGCCCUGGGCGUGGCUGUUCUCCUCCUGCUCGCUGCUGCUGCUGUGGGGGCCCUGGCCUACAUGCGGAGGCAGGACAGGCGGAGGAGGACCUCAAGCACUGCUUCUACCCGGGUGCUGACCUUGUACCACCGUGAAAGUGACCCCGAGGAAGAGGAUGAGGAGGAGGAGGAAGAGCUUCCCCCCAAGAGUGAUACAUUUGUGAAUGAAGCUUACGAUGGGAAAGAGGAGCUGCCAGCCCUGCCGAGGAAGGGACCAUCUCACCCCAACACUGUAUUUUCAUAAAGGAAUGUUGUGCAGCA